GAGGGGUGAAGAAUCAAGAUACCCUAUCCCUCUGCAGAAAUUUUGGAAGUAACCGCUUCUCUCUCUCUUCAGUGAGCUCACGCAUUCUGCGCCACGCCAAACUAGCCCUAGCAACUACUAGUAUGGACCCCUACCUCAAGUACUACUACUACAACUUCUUCUUCUCUAUUUCUCUCUCCACAUCAAUGAAGUUAAAAUUUCUGCAGAAACAUCAAUAUAUCAUCAUCACCAUUUUAACAAACUCUUCACUUUUUCUUUCUUCUCCACUUCAUUUUUCCUUUUUAGUUGAGAUUAUUAUAUAAAAAGAUUCGAUUUACUCCCAGAAAAUCAAAUAAAAAAGCAUUCAACUCUUAUUCAACGAAUUCAAAGCUGCAUUGUACGGAAACACAUACACAUAACACACCACUACUUUCUCUCUCCUCUUCUUUUUUUAACAUUUUCACGCUUUUCUUCUGGAUUAACCUAACUCAGUGAUGCAAUGAGGAGGAAGUGAUUGUAUGCAAUAAGGUUCAGUAUAUACAUCACUGUUAAGUGAAAAUUGAAAAGGGAUGCAAAUUUGUUCUUAUGAGAUUGUAUAGAAUGAAGAUUCUGCGUUUAACUUGUCUUGUGUUGGGUGUGCUGUGUGCUUCCUUGGCCAGUGCUUCCAGUGAAUUGGAGAUAGUCACUGCUUUAAGGAAGAGUUUAAUCCAGAGAAAAGAUAUGAUUCCCAGCUGGUUUUACCCGGAGACACCUGUUUGUAACUGGACAGGCGUGGAGUGUACAGGUUUGGAAGUUGUUAGGCUUAAUCUGCCUUGUAAAUCUUCUUCACUAGACUUACCUUUUCCUAGUAGCAUAGGAGAAUUAAAGCACCUGAAGUAUCUUAAUCUCAGUAAGUGUGGGCUCACGGGUGUCGUGCCUGAAAACAUCUGGAGUCUUGAGGAACUUGAGGUCCUGGACCUGAGUGGCAAUGAGCUGUCUGGAACCCUACCUUCAACUGUGUCCAAUCUGAAAAAUCUCAGGAAAUUUGUGCUGGAUGGUAACGCAUUUUCUGGUCGCUUGCCUUCGACUAUUGGCCUUCUAACGGAACUUGUAGAGCUUUCACUUCAUGCGAAUUAUUUCUCUGGAAAUCUUCCGCCAGAACUCGGAAUUCUCUCAAAAUUGGAGUCGCUUGAUCUUGGUGCAAACUCUUUUUCUGGUGUGCUCCCUUCAAGUUUGGGCGGCCUUACUAGUCUCUCGUACUUUGAUGCUAGUCACAACAGAUUUACUGGUCCUAUCUUUCCUGGGUUCGGAAAUCUAAAGGGCCUCAUAAGGAUUGAUUUCUCAGUGAACUCCAUAACUGGAUCCAUACCAGCAGAUAUAGGGAAUUUGAUGAAUCUAACUUCAAUCGAUCUGGCAGACAACAGCAUCAGUGGAGCUAUACCAUCAUCUAUCAGCAAUCUCAGGGCACUUCAGGAGCUCAAUGUCCAGAACUGCAGGCUUACAGGUGCUAUUCCGGAAGAAUUGGCUGAGCUAUCCCAUUUGAUGUAUUUGAACAUAGGACAUAACUCUUUCAUGGGAGAACUGCCAGCAAGCUUUGGAAAAUUGACCAGUUUAGUGUACCUUCUAGCUGGAAAUGCUGGGUUGAGUGGGAGCAUACCUGGACAGCUGGGUAACUGCAAGAGGCUGAAGACUUUACACCUUUCCUUCAACUCUUUUUCUGGUCCUCUAGCGGAUGGACUUGCUGGGAUGGAAUCGAUUGAAUCUCUGAUGCUUGAUUCCAACCACUUGUCAGGGAUGAUCCCUAGUUGGAUAUCCAACUGGAAGCAAGUGGCAUCUAUCAUGAUAGCAGAGAACCUCUUCACAGGGUCUAUACCACCACUCGAUCUGCCGAAUUUAAGGUGGCUUGACAUGAAUUCUAACAUGCUUUCUGGUGAAUUGUCUACAGAAAUAUGCAAUGCGCUGUCUCUAAAUUUUUUGUCAUUGUCAAACAAUAACUUCACUGGAAGCAUUGAAGAUACCUUCAGAAACUGUCACAAUCUGACUAAUUUGAUAUUGACGGGAAACAGUCUUUCUGGUGAAUUGCCUGAUUACUUGGGUGAUCUUCCUCUUUACACCGUGGAUUUUUCGAAGAACAAAUUUCUCGGAAAGAUCCCUGAUCAGCUAUGGGAGUCCAAAACUCUGAAGGAAAUUUCUCUCGGUAGUAAUCUGCUUACUGGAAAGAUUUCUCCAGCUCUUGCUAAGGUUCAGACGUUACAGAGACUGGAAUUAGAUAAUAAUUUCUUUGAAGGGGCCAUCCCAGCUUCUGUUGGAGAACUGAGGAACCUCACUAAUCUCUCUCUGCAUGGUAAUAAAUUAACCGGAGAGAUUCCUAUGGAACUUUUUAACUGCACAGGCCUUGUAUCCUUGGAUCUUGGUUCAAACAGCUUUACAGGUCAUAUUCCAAAGUCCAUUUCAAGAUUGAAAUUGCUGGAUAAUUUGGUAUUAGCGUGGAAUAACUUCUCUGGUCUCAUUCCUGAAGAGAUAUGCUCUGGUUUCCAAAAGGUGCCCUUGCCAGAUUCCGAGUUCAUUCAGCAUUAUGGCUUGCUUGAUCUCUCCUACAACAAGUUUGAGGGUCCAAUUCCUGCAUCAAUUGGCCAGUGCUUUGUAAUAACAGAGCUAUUAUUACACAAUAAUGAACUGAAUGGCAGCAUUCCAUCUGAACUAUCUGGCCUUUCCCACUUGAGCUUGGUAAAUUUGUCUUCCAAUCAUUUAACUGGUCCGGUCAUACCCAAAACUUUCACAUUGAAGAAUCUUCAGGGCCUUAUCCUUUCCCACAACAAGCUUACUGGUUCUAUUCCAGAUAACUUGGCCUCAUUGAUGCCUAGCUUAACUGAGCUGGAUUUUUCAUGGAACCUUCUCAGUGGCUCAUUGCCACCAUCUGUCUUCAGUAUCGAAAGCCUGACCUACCUGGAUAUCAGUGCAAAUUCCCUUUCCGGAACCAUCCCUUGCCACUUUGCACCUACCAGUUCACUUGUUCACCUAAAUGCUAGCAAUAACCAUUUUUCUGGCCCCUUAUGUGACUCCCUUGCAAACUUAACCACCCUCUCCUUUUUAGACCUUCACGCCAAUUCUUUGACAGGAAGCCUUCCAACCUCUAUAUCAAACCUUGCUGCCUUGACAUACCUAGAUCUUUCUGGUAAUAAUUUUGAAAACUAUGUUCCAUGCAAUAUCUGUGACAUUGAAGGCCUUUCCUUCAUCAAUCUGUCCGCCAACAGAUUCCUGGGACCUGUGCCUGAUUCCUGCACUCAGCAUAACCAGCCAUGCUUAGCCUCUGUCCCUCCGCGAACAGCUUCCCGAGCUCCUGUGUGGGGUGCAAUGAUUGGGGUCAUUAUUGUGCUUCUUGUUCUAAUAAUCUGUGCGGGUAGGCACUGGAUAUUGAAGCACGAAGGGGAACUUCUUGACAGGAGAAACAAUGGGUUUGUAACAACAGUUGAGCUGUCUGAUGAGCCUAUGUGCAAGAAGUCUAAGGAACCGUUAAGCAUUAACGUUGCUACAUUCGAGCAUUCUCUCACCCGUUUGAGCCUCACAGAAAUUUUAUCCGCCACUGAUAACUUCAGCAAGACGUAUAUAAUUGGAGAUGGUGGAUUCGGUACAGUUUACAAAGCAUCCCUUCCAGAGGGGCGGAUCAUAGCUGUGAAGCGGCUUAAUGGAGGCCACUUCCAUGGUGAUAGAGAAUUUCUAGCUGAGUUGGAGACUGUUGGAAAAGUUCGUCAUGAAAACCUUGUUCCAUUAUCUGGGUAUUGCGUCUUUUCUGAGGAAAGGUUUCUAGUGUAUGAAUACAUGGAGAACGGGAGCCUUGAUGUAUGGUUGAGAAAUCGAGCUGAUGCAGUGGAAGCCCUCAAUUGGCCCACCCGUUUCAAGAUCUGUUUGGGGGCUGCCCGGGGCAUUGCGUUUCUGCAUCAUGGGUUUGUGCCUCAUAUCAUUCACCGGGACAUCAAGUCCAGCAACAUACUACUGGAUCGCAACUUUCAGCCCAAAGUCUCAGACUUUGGGCUCGCCCGAAUAAUCAGUGCUUAUGAGAGCCAUGUCAGCACCGUCCUUGCUGGUACAUUCGGGUAUAUACCUCCGGAGUAUGGACAGUCUAUGGUGGCGACAACAAAAGGUGAUAUAUACAGCUUUGGUGUGGUGAUGCUGGAGCUGGUUACUGGCAGGGCACCAACUGGGCAGGCUGACAUUGAGGGCGGUAACUUGGUAGGUUGGGUUCGUGUGCUGAUGGCUAAUGACAGAGAAGACGAAGUGCUCGAUUCAUAUAUUCCAUCUGUCGCAGUGUGGAGGCAUCAAAUGUUGCAGGUCCUAAAUGUCGCUCGAAUGUGCACCGACGACAAUCCUGCAAAGAGACCCAACAUGCUCGAAGUGGUUAAGCUGUUGAAGGAAAUAAAAAUAGAGAGUUAAGUAGUACUAUAAUCAAGUUCCCAUCUUGUGUAAGUUGGGAAUUGUAAUCUGAAGCAUAGUUCUUUGAUUGAAUGUAGCAUCUGUAAAUAAGUCACAUUAGAGAUCAGAAAAGUUAUUGUGGGUGAUUUGAAUGAAAUUAUGCCCUCAUUCUUGAAAUCACCAUAGUUUGGGGCCUUGGGCCCACUAGAUAGCAUUUUUAAACCGUAAUCUUGACAGUUAGCUGACUUGUUGAUAAGUUCAGCAGAAUUAAAAGCCACCAAAA